AUGGACUCUCUGUGUGACAUUUUAGGUUUUAAGGAGGCUUCUCCACCUAAUGGUGAAGAGUCUCUAAAUAAUAAAACUGAGGAUGAUGUUUACGAAUCAUACGUCAAAUCAUCAUCAAAUAAAGAGUACUAUUUGCAUCCUGGGCUCUUAAAAGAAUUAGAUGAUCUGGUUUCGAAAGAGGAGAAGUUAAGAACAUCUACAGAAGUUCUUAUACCUAACCUCAAAACAUACUUUGUCGAUUUUCACAACAAUCUAAAUGCCUUAACUAAAGACCUUGAUUUUGUUAAAGGAAAGUCGUCCGAACUAUCAUCAUUAUUAAAAAGUAACUCAUCCAGGUUAAAAGAUAUCAGUCCUAUUGUUAACGACUUAAUAAUAUCUCCAGAAGUUAUUGAUCAAGUUUUAAGGGGCAAAAUAGAUCAUAAGUGGUUGGAUUGCAUUGACUAUUUGAAUGAUAAACAAGAGAUAUAUCAUAAGUAUUUGGAAGAAACAGAUAAAGAAAAGCCACAAGACUUUGAUCAUUUGAACGAGGUUCUCCAAAUCCUUAAAGCAGUUUGUGUAGAGAGAUCAAAGAAAUUCAUAGUGAUAAGAAUAAAAAGACUAAGGGAUGGACAUCCUGUUCCGGCUCAGAGAAUUCAAGAAGAAUUGCUUCAGGUGAAGGAAAUAUACCAAAUGAUACACAAAACUAAACCUGAACUUGCACUUGGGUUAAGAGAAGCAUACUUGAAUACAAUGAAGUGGUAUUAUAAGACAUAUUUCUCGAGGUAUAUCAGAUCGCUAACAAUUUUACAAUAUGUCCAAAUAGACUCAAAUUUCGGUUUGGGCCAUGGACUUUCAAACACAUCUGUCUCAGGUUCAUAUGCCAAUUAUCUCUUUUCUGGCGGAAGAUCUCUUUUUGCUUCCCAAGUAACUUCUCGUAACGAUAUCACCGAUGAUACUAUUAAUGAUUAUUUCCAAAUCUCUAAAAGACUAGAUCUUAUUACUCAAGAAGAUAAGACUGUCAUGGUCUCCCAAAUAGCAGAAAAUAACCCUGUUGCUAAUUAUCUUGAGGUUGGAUUUAAGAAUUUGAAUUUGGCUAUUUUAGACAACUGUACUGCUGAAUUCCUAUUUUUGAAUGAAUUUUUCAGAUUGCCUACCGAUGAAGGAGAUGGAAUUAGGAAGCUUUUGUUGGAGGUAUUUCAACCAACCUUUGACAACGCAUUGGAAUUUACUCACCAUUUAAUAGACAACACAUAUGACAUCUUUGGUGUGCUGAUCAGUAUCCGAGUAGCGCAUCGGUUACAAUUCGAGGCUCAGUCGCGGCAAACACCCUGUAUUGACGACUAUUUAGAUGGCCAAUUGAUUCUUUUAUGGCCAAAAUUCCAAAAGCUUGUGGACUUCCAGUGUGAACAAUUGAGAUCUGUGGCUAUAACAACAAAUACUGCCCAUAUUCGAGGAUCAGAAAACCAUUCAGACCCAUUGGUGACACCUCAUGAACUAACAGUUCAAUUUUCUAAAUUCCUAUUAAGCUUACUUAAGCUCUCAUUGACACAUAAAGAGUUACUGGACGAAAGAUCAGAACCCCUUUUCCAUUCAAUAAAUAGAAUUCGCGAUGAUUUCGAAACGAUAAUGACCAAAUGCAGCAAGAAAAGUAAGAACGCUGAGAAGUUUUUGACUACAAACUACAUGUAUCUUUACAAUUCCCUUCAACAAUCUUUCUUGAAGUCUGAUUCUGAGAGGGAACCAUUGAUUCUUUCAGAGACCAAAGUACAUCUCUCUCAACUAAUCGAAGCAUAUAGUAAAUAA